AUGGCGGAAGCCGACCAACAAAAAGUGACCGCCGCAUUCCCGCCUCCGCCACCAUUCUGGAAGCAUUUCACAUCGCAGAAUCUGAAGAAGCUGGAUGACUGCAAGAAAGAACACGAGAAAAAUCUUGGUCCGAAGCAGACUUGGACACCUGAAGCUCUUCGCACGCUUGAACUGCCACCGGAGCUACGAUUUCUUGUCCCGCCCCAAGCCCCAACAUCAGGUUCAUACUCGAUAUUCGGCGAGUCGCAAUCGGUCUCAAUAAAUCUUCCCUCAUUACAAGAUCAAGGCAUCGAGCAACUCUAUCCCUCCCCGCCCGCAGGCCAAGAACAUGCUUUACCUGCCAACCACCGAUUCUAUCUUCUAAAAAUCAGCAAAUCCCUCCUUCUCAACUUCCUUGAGUUUAUCGGUAUACUCGCACUCUGUCCAGAGCGAUUCGAGUCCAAAGUACAAGACAUACGAAACCUGUUUAUCAAUGCGCACCACCUGUUGAACUUGUAUCGGCCCCAUCAGGCACGAGAGUCCUUGAUAAUGAUGAUGGAGGAGCAACUGGAGAAAACCAAAGAAGAAAUCAGCGAAAUGGACAGGGUUAAGGAGAAGGUCCAGGGCUUUCUUGAGCAGCUGGAGGCUGAGGGUACGAAUAUUGGCAGGACUGGCCCUGUGGAUUCCGACAUGUUUCUUAAGAAGCGCGAAAUUACAGCCGAGGAGGAGGUCAUAGAAGAGGCUAGGUCUAUGUGGAAUUUACUUGACAAAAUCGAUGAAGAUUGA